GAAAUCCCCAAUCUCUCCUCACUCCGAUCCACUCGAUCGAGCCGAGCCCUAGCUCCCUCGCCCCCCCGCCCGCCCCGAUUCGAUCCUCCCGUCCCCGCGUCGCAUGCGAGGCUCCGGCCGGCGGUAGCCUCAGCUCGCGCAGGCACGCAGGCCGCCGGCGGCGGCGGCCAUGGAGCCGCGCAUCGGCAACAAGUUUCGCGUCGGCCGCAAGCUGGGGAGCGGCUCCUUCGGGGAGAUCUACCUCGGCACCAACGUGCAGACCAACGAGGAGGUCGCGAUCAAGCUCGAAAAUGUCAAGACAAAGCACCCGCAGCUGCUGUAUGAGUCAAAGCUGUACAGAAUACUUCAAGGAGGAACUGGAAUCCCAAAUGUCAAGUGGUUUGGUGUCGAGGGUGAUUACAAUGUUUUGGUGAUGGACUUGCUGGGCCCGAGCCUCGAGGAUCUUUUCAGUUUUUGCAACAGGAAGCUGUCUCUAAAGACUGUUUUGAUGCUUGCUGAUCAAAUGAUCAACCGUGUCGAAUUUGUCCAUUCCAAGUCUUUCUUGCAUAGAGAUAUCAAGCCGGACAAUUUUCUCAUGGGUCUUGGGAAAAGGGCAAAUCAGGUUUAUUGUAUAGAUUUCGGGCUUGCAAAGAAGUAUAGGGAUACAUCGACACACCAGCACAUUCCGUAUAGAGAGAACAAGAACUUGACAGGAACAGCAAGAUAUGCGAGUGUAAACACUCAUCUUGGAAUUGAACAAAGCAGGAGGGAUGACAUGGAAUCUCUUGGAUAUGUGCUGAUGUACUUCUUAAGAGGAAGUCUUCCAUGGCAGGGUCUGAAAGCUGGGAACAAGAAACAAAAGUAUGAGAAGAUCAGCGAAAGGAAAAUUGCUACUUCAACUGAGGCCCUCUGUCGUGGAUAUCCUACUGAAUUUGCAUCUUAUUUCCAUUACUGCCGCUCGCUGCGCUUUGAAGAUACGCCAGAUUAUCAGUAUCUCAAGAGAUUGUUCAGAGACCUUUUUAUUCGAGAGGGGUUUCAAUUUGAUUAUGUUUUUGAUUGGACGAUUCUCAAGUACCAACAGUCACAGAUGACCAGUGCUCCACCGCGCGCCAUGGCUGCGGCAGCAGGACAAAGCUCUGGGAUGGCUCCCAUGGCAAAUAGACAGUCUGCCACUGAAGAAGGGAGGAGGAGCGGGUGGUCAGAUAUGGAUGGCAUGCGGCGUCAGGUUCCACCUCCAGCUAUAAAUGCAGGCAGCCUGGCCAAACAGAAGUCGCCUAUCAGACAUGACCAAUCCACCUCGAAAGAUGCUAUGUUCUCCAGUUCGACUUUGUUGGGACGGUCAAGCGGGUCCUCAAGGCGACCUGCUGUCUCUAGCAGCCGGGAGCCGAGCAUGGAUGCGGACCAGACGCGCAGCCGCACGACGGACGCGAGCCCGGGGGCGUUCCAGCGGUCGUCUGCCCCGCGGUGGAGCCCGCAGGUGGGUGACUCGUCGGACACGAGGGGGCGGUCGUCCUCGGGCAGGCACCAGUCGUCGAGCGCCAAGAACUAUGAGUCCACGGUGAGGGGCAUCCAGGGCCUCAACUUCGACGGCGACGACAACAACAGGAACCACUACUAGAGGGCGGCGGCCCGAGACGGAGGAGGAGGAGGAGGCCGGGCAAAUAAGAGGCGUGGUCUGGCGGGGGUGUCUCAGCCCGGCGGGCGCGCGGUGGUCUCUCUAUAGCGAACGGAUGUGGAUGGAACGAAGGAACGAACGGUGUUUGAUGACGGCGGUUGGUUUGCUUGGCCGUUUUAAUUUGUACAGUUUGUUUUCUCCCCUUUGUUGUGGCCGCUCGUGGCUUUAAUUUAGUUUCUUGAUGAAAGAUGGAUGAUGUUGUAUCUCGGAGAGAUGUAUGCAGGCUGGCGUAACGCCACUCGUUUUUUUUUUCCUUUAUUUUUAAAAUUAAAAUGGCGACUGCCUGCGUGCGAAUAUAUAUACACAUGUGAACAAAGUUGGUGAAACUGAAGAGCUGAUUCUGUUGGCAAA